UUCUAGCGAUUUUUUCCCCCCAAAUCUAAACAAUAACACAGGAAGGGAAGUGGAAUUGAUUAUUUCUUAAGAUAUUUAAAGAAAUUCAAUGUUUAGGGUUGUUCCUUGCGGUGAAAAUCUUGACCCCUAAAGGAUUAGUUAAAGUCUAGCUUCGAGUAAAGCUGAUGUUGGCGGUAUCUGCACAUUAGUCAUAAUUUUCAACGACCUUUUCGUUAAUCUGUUCUUCUAGUCUGGCUUCGGACAAUACAAUCAGCAACGGUGUCAGCCAAGACAUGUGCGAUCGUAAUGAUAUGCGCACUUAACCUGUCUGGCAAACUUCAGUACAAAAGAGAGUCCGUGCCGUCGAGACAUCGUCUGUUACGCACUAUUAAAACGCAUGCUACGUCACCAGAGCAAAAGACACUGAUUUGAAUUUUUCACGGAAGGGUCAUGAAAGGUCAUAAUGGGCACGACACGUGACCCGCUCGCCGAACUGCAGGCACGAACAGUGAAUUAUCAGUUUGUAAGGCUGACGGCCAAGACGUGUUUGCUGCCCCCGCUCGACGCGUCGGCCAUUUUCUUCUAGUCGCAUGGUUCUACACCGACGAUGUUGCCGCAGAGUAGGAGCGUCGAGAUGUUGACCUGUUCAGUUCCCAGUUUCGAGAGUUCCAGGACCCCCCGACGCGCUGCACCGGUGCCUCCAAUUUCAAUCCCACUGAAAUCAAAGAGGAUUCAAGAUGGCGGUCCUUCUUGCUCCGGGCUGGGGAAACAGAGUCAGUUCAUCCCAAGGCCAGCGAUAUGUUGCCAGCCAACACCAGUCACCAAGCGACUUUUAAAAUCACGAAGUGCUGAUUCUCCACUGGUCCCCCAGUCCCAAAUCAAGAACUCUUUAUCUCCGUGUAUUUCCUUGCAAUCUCUCUCAAGCAGUAGAAGAGAUCAGGAUCAUCAUCAUGAGAUGAUAAAUCCACGUGGAAGUUCUCGCGACGGACGAGAAAGCCCGAGACCACUUUUCCCAUCAGCCGUGCAAAUGUACAGAUCGGCGUCGGCGCACAGACUUCAUGAAACGAAUGUACUUCAAGUGAUCAAGCCCAGAACAAGGCACAUCAGUUUGGAUGACAGACUACAACAGGUCAAAGGUCAAGAGAGAAACAGCGCUGUAUAUCAGGAAAUGGAUAAACUCAAAGUUCAGAUCGCCCGGCUGCCUCAAAAGAAAACACAACAUUUACCCUUCCCGCCAAUUAUUCGACUCCAAGGUUGCAACAAUGUAUCGGAUAAUGUUGAACCUCAACAUUUACGUCCACCAACAGUUAAAGAAAGAGCAAGAUCUUACUCUGGACCUUCUUGUUCUGCACCAAGUGAUUCCAGAAUGGCGCCGGGAAACAACCCACCUGGGAUGAAACUGUCUGAGUUUAGGUCCCAAACACCCCCACCCAUUACAACGCGAAUAAGCCAACGGAAGUUUUCAGCACCACAAAUUCAAGUGAUGUGCGUACCCAAAGCGCAGGCGCAGAAUCAACCAAUCACAACGCAGCCUGAAAGUUCAUCAGGGUCAAAGGUUAGUUUGCCACCAAUCAACCCCAAGCCCAAGCGCAGGUCACUCAUCUGCGCAAGUCCAGUGAAUGCAACAACACCGAAUACGAAGACAACAGCAGAGAUUAAGGACGUAAUCCGACUUCAGCCGGUCAUACUGGACAUACAAUUCGGGAAAAUAAUACUUGAACCAGAAGAGCAAUUUGAACGCAAACCAGAGAACGAACAUUUGCGAAAAAUCGAGCGUCCAAUUAAGAGAGGAUCGGGCACGAAUGCUCAAUGUAAGAACGGCAACAGUGAAAAUAUUAAGCAAGAAAAAGAGCGACAAGACAAAAACAUCUCCAAGAGGAAAGUAGUCAUAAGAGAUACUAAAGAAGACAGAGAAGAUGAAGGCUGUUGCCAUGGGUGCGUCAAGGAUUGCAUGGGAGAUUUACCAGAAUGUCUUCUUGAAUAUGUGUGUUGUAACUGUUGAUGCAUGGUGGCACCUUUGUUAACAGAUUAUUUAUUUAUUUUGAGAGUACGCCAUAACUGACCAGUUCAGUAUAGUUAUCAUUCCCACUCUUAAACUUGUAUCAGAGGAUACUUUUAUCAAUUGAUGGAUCAAAGAAUUUAAUUAAUAGCAUUUCCUGUGUAAAUACAAAAAAGUAAGUGUUUCUUAUUGGUUGUGCAUUCAGCUGUGCUGAGUGAAAACGAAAUAAGCAUUGAACGCUGUCCUUGUUCGAAUUGCAAAACUCCCUUGGUAUUACAAGAACUUACGAGUUUUGUCUCUCUCUCUCUGAAAAUAAUCGUCAUUAUGGGAUCAGUUGUUUACUCCUUUUUUCUUCUAGAGUUUUGUUUGGAAAUAUGUAGGCUUUUUCUCCGACUUCUACUUCAACAUAUAUCUUCCUAUCACCGUGCACGAGUUCAGAACUGCAGUGCACGUGUUAAGUGUAUGGCGCCCUCUAUAAACGAUUCGGAACAGGAAAAGACAUCACACAAAAAAGAGUUAUAAA